AUGGAUGCUUGCAACGCUGGAAUUACCCCCACCCAAUCUCACAAACUUCUCUUCUUUCAUCUUUGCUUCAUGAUUUCCACUUUCUUCUUCCUAAUAUUCCCUUCUGCAACUUCAUUGUCCUUCAACUUCACCACCUUUGAACCAAAUAAUGGUCAAAUUUCCUUUGAAGGAGACGCUCGAUAUUCUUCUGAUGAUGGCAUCGAACUGACCAGAAACAAGAAGGACAAAUCAAUGGAUUCUAGUUGGGGUCGAGCCAUAUAUAAAGAGCAGUUGUGUCUCUGGGAUCAUAACUCCAGAAAUCUAACUGAUUUCACUACCAACUUCUCCUUUGUCAUUGAUUCACUUCACAACAGUACAUAUGCUGAUGGCCUCACCUUCUUCCUUAACGGCACCCAAUUGCCUUUAUAUGUGUCGGGAGAAAACCUUGGUCUCACGAAGGAUAACGUGACAAAUACAACUGCAAUUCGUUUUGUCGCAGUGGAGUUUGAUACAUUUUCGAACACGGGAAAAAGGGAUCCGGUGAGUGAUCAUGUUGGAAUUGAUAUUAACUCCAUAAUAUCUGUCAAAACAGUGAACUGGUCCAGCAAUAUAAAGGAAGGAAAGCUAAAUCAUGUUUCCAUCCGUUAUACUUCUAGUUCACAAAAUCUGAGUGUUGUUCUAAUUACUGAGUUAAUGGACGAUAAAACUACCUCCCAAAGCCUCUCCUACAAAGUUGAUCUGAGGGAAUACUUGCCAGAAUUCGUUACUAUUGGCUUCUCAGGCGCAACAGGAAAAUUAUUCCAGAUAAACAACGUUUUCUCGUGGAAUUUCAGUUCAACUUUGCAACCUCCCAACCCUGUAGAACCAGGUGAUGGAAAGAAAACAGGAUUUGUGGUGGGAUUCAGUGUUUGUUCAUUUCUUGUGGUGUGUGGGUUGGGAUUGGUUGGGCAUCACUUGCGGAAGAAGAGGAAUAGUGGGGGAGAAGAAGAUGGUACUGACUCUGACAUAGCCAUGGACGAAGACUUUGAGAAGGGUACUGGACCUAGGAAGUUUUCCUUUGAUGAAUUGGCUCUUGCAACCAGUAACUUUGCAGAGGAGGAAAAGCUUGGAGAGGGAGGGUUCGGUGGGGUCUAUAGAGGCUUCUUGAGGGAACUGAACACUUACGUUGCAGUUAAGAGAGUAUCGAGGGGGUCCAAACAAGGGAUAAAGGAGUAUGCAUCUGAAGUGAAGAUCAUCAGUCGAUUGAGGCAUCGAAACUUGGUGCAGCUCAUGGGCUGGUGCCAUAAAAAAAGAGAGCUCCUAUUGGUAUAUGAGCUCAUGCCAAAUGGUAACUUAAGCUCCUGUCUUUUGGACGAAAAAACCCCGCUAACAUGGGCAAUGAGGUAUAAAAUUGCUCUUGGCUUGGCCUCCUCGUUGCUCUACCUACAUGAAGAAUGGGAACAAUGUGUGGUACAUAGGGAUAUCAAAUCAAGUAAUGUGAUGUUGGACUCUGAUUUCAAGGCCAAGCUUGGAGAUUUUGGACUAGCCAGGCUUGUUGAUCAUAGCAAAGGGUCACAAACCACAGUUUUAGCUGGAACCAUGGGGUACAUGGCUCCUGAAUGUCUCCUGACAGGCAAGGCCAGCAAGGAAACUGAUGUCUAUAGUUUUGGGAUUGUUGCCUUAGAAAUCUGCUGUGGGAGAAGACCUGUGGAACCAAAAGCUAAAGAGAAGCAGAUCAGAUUGGUAGAAUGGGUGUGGGACCUCUAUGGAGUAGGAAAGCUUGUUGAUGCCGCUGAUCCAAGACUAUCGGAUGAUUUUGAUGAAGAACAAAUGGAACGAUUGAUGAUUGUUGGGCUUUGGUGUGCUCACCCAGACUGCAAUCUUCGACCAUCAAUAAGGCAAGCAAUUAAUGUCCUUAAUUCUGAAGCUUCACUGCCUCUUCUUCCUUUAAAAAUGCCUGUGCCAAUGUAUUGUUCUCCUCAAGUGCUACAAACAAUAUCGUGUGGCGCGCCCAUUUCUGAGAGGAGCCACACCCAGUAUUCCAACUUCUCAAAUAGCACAACCUCAUCAUGA